AUUAUAGGAUGCCCAACAGCAACAUGUUGACAAACCUGUUCAGUGCAGCCUUGACAAAGCUCCAUAGAAGACGUCGGCCCGAGUAGCUACAGGAAUCUUUGAUUAAGUACACAUCCCGUUAGUCUUAAUGUCACUGGGCCGCCCGACAAUUCGGACGCGGUCGCGCCGGGAGAAGGCAACACCGCGACGGUCGCCUCGCUUCGGCUAGCGCCCCCGCUCUUGGUCCCGUUUCUCGGACCUUAAGGCCUGCCCGUCGAAAGGGACAAUGCUUGACAUAAUGUCCGAGCACCAAGAUUCACUUUUGACGUGCAAAACCGAACCUUUGCCCCCGGAGAGGAAGAGAAGGACAGUGGAGGACUUCAACAAGUUCUGCAGCUUUGUCCUGGCUUAUGCCGGUUACAUCCCCAACCCCAAAGAGGAAAGCUCAUGGUCCCCAACAUCAUCCAGCUCUGCCCACAGUCUGUCAGUAGACGACGACGGCGGCGGCGGCGGCGGCUCCAUGAGCACCACGUGGCCCGAUGGCGGCCCGGACAUCCACACCAUCCACACGUUUGUCCACAAGGCCCGCGCCAACAAGGGCAAAAGCGUCCACCCCGAUAGCACUUUGCUGGACAAGAUGCGCCUGAAAGACUCGCUGUAUGAGAGCCAGGCGGCCGGCGCCAAGGCAGAGCGCAAAAAGGACAAAAAGCCUAAGAAGACGUCGCUCGGCUCGUCGGGGGCGGCGGCGGACAGCGGCAGCAGCGAGGGCGAGAAGCGGCCGCGCAUCAAGCGCAGCAAGAACUCCAAGCAGCCCAAAGCCAAGAAGCUGAAGAGCUCGACGUCCCACAGCGACUCUGAGGAGUGGCGGCCCGGCCGCGGGGGGCCCGCGCCGCACGUCGACCCCGGUCACAGCCCGCGGGCCGCCGACAAAAUGGUGCCCGACGAGGCCGUCGGGGACGCUGAGAUGAGCUCCAGCGAGGGGGAGACUUGGAUCGCUGAUGAAGACAUCAUGGUGGAGUCAGGCGACGACUCGUGGGACCUGAUCACGUGCUACUGCGGCAAGCCGUUCGCCGGGCGGCCGAUGAUCGAGUGCAACCAGUGCGCCAUCUGGGUGCACUUGUCCUGCGUCAAGAUCAAGAAGUCCAACGUCCCUGACAUCUUCUACUGCCACAAGUGCAUGCACUCCAGGCGGUCGGGACACAAGAAAGAUACUUAGGCAAAGCAACGGCAAAAGAAAGUUCUGGUUUUGUUUGUCCCCCAAUCCGCCCACCCCCGAUGUCUCCAGCCAAAACAGCCUGACGGUUAUCCACAGUUGCCAGAUUCCUUUUUGACAAUCAUUGUUAUUUAUCCCCAAUAGCGUUUUUUAAUUUUUUUUUUUUCUUUUUUUCGGCGCCUCGGAGGUUUUGGAAUUCUUUUGCGUGCCACGUUAGAAUUUUUAGCUGAAGAAUGUCUUCAUGCUAUUUUUUUUUUUUUUUUUUGUGGUCAGUGGAAAGGACACUGAUGCCGAACGUCACUUUAAAAACUAAACGGAUGUGGACUUGAUGACUUGAUCAUAAAAUCUGCUUGAUGAUCAGCAAAAUAGCAAAAAAAAGGACAAAAUUGUUUUAAUUUUAGCACAGUGUCUGCUUUUUAUGUUGUUGUUUUCACACAAUUGACUUUUUUUUUUCCACCCCAGCACCAAAGCAGAAUUUUUAUUUUUAUUUUUUUUUUUAAUACACGAUAGCACGCAAGAGCAUUGAAGCAGCAGCGCACUUUGGAGUCGAGGGGGGGCCGUCCACUGCAGAGCGCUUACCAUUGCCCCCCCCACCCCCCUAUAAGGUUCCGAGGUUCGUUAUUUCCUGUUUCUAUAAUUUUGCUGUUUGCGCCUUUUCGAAAGAGAACACAAUUGUUCGUGUUUUGUUCCUGAUUGAGAAUGUUUUGGAUGUCGUGGCUGAUUUUUGGUUUUUCACGUCCUUGGGUGUUGAGACGGGUG